AAACGUUACAAUAUAUCCUCUACCCUCACCUAGUUAACAUAGGUUGGUGCAUCAGAUCGGUUCCACAGUACACCCUGAAAUUCACACUGGCCGGUAGUUAAGAGAAUGCUGCAGACUUUGAAAGUACUGUUAUGGAAGAGCUACACCCUGAGGAAAAGACGAUGGAUUGUGUCAUUGUUAGAACUAAUAACACCGAUUUUACUAUUCUGGCUGAUCGUCUAUUAUGUUAAACCAAAAAAUACGUCAAAUGAAGACAUAUCUUACAAUUCAUUCCAGUAUCAGUACAAUCAAUUCACCCUUCAGAGUCAGUACAAGCUUGCGUACACACCAACCAACACCUUUACUUCAUCCAUAAUGAAUGCGGUAGUCACCCGUCUGAACAAAGCUGGAUCAAAAGUAACUCUGGAAUCCAAAAACAGCGAGAAUGACGUGGUCGAUUGGCUUAAACAACAAUAUCUGAAUGAAAGUGGCAAAACCGAUACCUAUGGAUUGCACUACGUCUCAGCCGGUGUUGGCGUGAUCUUCUCGAACCCUACCGACACGAGCAAUCUCCAGUACACACUUCGAACUACCAGGGAGAAUAUGAAGACCACGGAGGACACUCGUUAUGGGGAAGGGUCAGCGAUUGGUUUCUUCAUAUACGAUGAAUCUGGAUUUUUACCCAUUCAAGCGGCUGUUGAUCAAGCGUACCUUUCUCUCUAUCACAAGUUUCAAGUUCCCAAUAAUGUUUUUGUUCAAUAUCUUCCUUUUGUGGAGGCGAGGUCUUAUGACGUGAUGCAGAGUCUCUUUCCUUUAGCAAUUUCUCUGGGAUUCAACUUUGUGAUGCCAUCUCUUCUCAGGUGCAUUGUGGAAGAGAAGACAUCUGGAACUAGGGAGAUGAUGAGGAUCAUGGGAAUGAAGGGCUGGUUGAAUUGGCUGAACUGGAUGGUGUACAGUCUGUUCAUACUGGUACCGGUGACGCUGGUAGUGACUGGGCUGGUGACUGUGGACCUAAGAGGAAAUGGGCCUGCGAUAGUAGCUGGCUACUUCCCUGUGUGGAUACUGUUCAUGCUGUUUGCCCUGUCCUUCAUUACACUCAUAUUUGUCAUCAGCACUCUUUUCACAAACGGCACUCUGGCUCUGAUCAUCGGAUUGAUAACAUGGUACGUCAUGACAAUUCUGCUGAACUCAUUUUUUGUGAGCUCCCCUGACAAGUUUGGUCUGUCCAUAAACUUACUUACUUGUUUAUGGCCCUCCAUAGCUAUACAAUGGUGUAUCAAUGUCAUCAGUAACUUUCAGAAGAAUGGCCACCCGUGGACAAUGAGCAACUUGUUUGAUGACGGGGCAGGUGGAGGCAGAGUGUCUGUAGGUUUGGCAUGUAUUAUGAUGAUUGUAAGCAUUUUCUUGUACAGUUUUAUCACAUGGUACAUCGAUAGUGUCAAUCCUGGCCCUUAUGGACGAGCAAAAAAAUUGACUUUCAUAUUCCAGUGUUUUAACAGAAAAAAUUACAAUGCGAAACAAUCUCAUGUAGUUGGACAUCAAAGAAAUUAUGAGAAACCUCCAAGUGAUACCAAGGUGGGAAUCCGCAUAGAGAACCUCAGAAAGACAUUCAACCAGGGAAAAGUAGUGGCAGUAGAGAAUGUUGACUUGGACGUCUACGAGGGUAAUAUAACUGCCUUACUGGGCCACAACGGAGCGGGCAAAACCACCACCAUGUCCAUUUUAGCAGGGUUCUUCUCCCCAACCAGAGGCAAGGUGAUUGUGAAUGGUAAGAACAUAUUUGAUAACAUGGACGAGUUUCGUUCCAACCUUGGUUUGUGUCUUCAACAUAACCUACUCUUCUCUUUCUUCACAGUGCGUGAACAUCUUAUAUUCUUUGGCAUGUUAAAAGGUCUUUCUAAAAGCGAGUCAGAAAGAGAAGGCAUGGAGUUGCUUAGAACUCUGGGGAUAAAAGAGAAGAAAGACGAUUUGGCAUCAAAACUGUCUGGAGGGAUGAAACGAAAGGUGUGUUUAUCCAUCGCUCUCAUGGGAAAUCCACGGGUUCUAAUGCUGGAUGAACCAACUUCAGGGCUUGAUCCAGAAUCAAGGCGGCAAGUUUGGGAUGUGCUGUUGGCUUUUCGAGGACAUCGAACUAUAAUAAUCACGACCCAUUUCAUGGAAGAAGCAGAUGUGUUGGGAGACAGGAUAGCCAUCAUGGACCAUGGUCAAGUCAGUUGCUAUGGCACCUCUAUGUUCCUCAAGAAAUUGUACAACACAGGAUACCAACUGAACAUACUUAAGGAAGAACGAGCACCAGUUAACCCUAUCACCAGGUUGGUGGAGCAGCAUGUAGCCAGCGCUAAAAUGAAACUAUCCAACCCCUCGCAGUUGAGUUACAACAUUAAGUCUGAUGAGUCACCCAGGUUUCCUGCACUCUUCUCUGCCUUGGAAACGUAUAAGAGAGACCUCGGCGUAACUGAGAUAGGAAUUACUUGCUCUACACUGGAGGACGUGUUUUUGAAGGUUGCAGAUGAUGCUUCUCACAAUGUCCCAGACAAUGAUGAUCAUCCAAACAACAAUCACAUUAUCGAGGGCCACUCAAAAUCAUCUGGUACAUCGUUUCUUCUACAACUAAGGGCUUUGGUGUACAAAAGAUUUCUCACCAGAAUAAGGACUUGGAUCAGCACACUUGUAUUUAUAAUCAUUCCUGCAUUGAUGACAGCAUACACCGUGUAUAUGAUAAUGAGCCAGAACGUCGUGUCUGAUCAGCCCAAUUUGUCAAUCAGUCUGAGCAACUUCCCAGGGGUCCACGUGGCUGUCUCAGCUGACCAACAGACUACCUCUAACUUGAUACAGAACCUGGUUCGAUCUGGCGGUGCCACUCCUGAUGUUGUUCCCGCAGACACAAAUUUUAACAAUUAUCUUGGAGGACAGAUAAAAGACAGCCUGAUCAAGUAUGAAAGAGAGAUGAUUGCAGGAUUCCAGUACAACAGUAGUGUUUUGCUCGGGGAAUUCAGUCAUUACUUCUUACACUCACCAGCCAUAGUGUUCAACUUGGUAGCAAACAUUCUCCUGCAGCAAAUCAGCCCCUCAUCAGCCAUCACUGUCUCCAACCACCCUAUUACAGUCCAGAUGAAUCUAGAUAUAUGUGACUUAGCCUUGCAAGCCCCAGGGAAGGCCGAAUUGUUCCCAAUGAGAAUGACUGUCAUGACUCUAGGUCUCAUGAUCGUGUCUAUGAGUUUCAUCUCGUAUCCACUCAAAGAACGUGUGAACAAUUCAAAGCAGCUUCAACUUAUGACGGGCGUCUCUCCUCUUCUCUACUGGUUCACAAACCUGUUCUGUGACUUCAUAAUUUUCGUCAUUACUGCUAUUUUGAUGCUUGCAGCUCUCUAUAUUUUCCAGACACAAGAUAUUUUAUCCUCCUCAGGUUAUAUAGGUACCUUGAUUUUGGUCUUCCUACUGUUCGGGCUCAGUGGAAUCUCCUUUGCUUAUUUAUUCAGUUUCUUUGUACAAUCAUCGGUCAAAGCCUCAGUUCUCUUCAUCUUAAUUAACUUGUUUACUGGGACGGUUGCAUCUGUGGUAAUUAACCUGCUGGCAAUAGAUCCUGACAUUCCAUUCAUUGAAAUUUACAUAUUUAUAUUUAGUUUCAAUCCAAUCUUUGCUGGGUCUUCUGCGUUCAUGCAUUUAUUUAGUGCAAUGUACAUUGAUGGAACAUGUCUACAGUGUGGAUCCAACUGCCAAACUCAAGAUCCCCUUCAAUUUCUUGAUAUCGGAGAUAAAGCAGAACAUCCCCAUGGAAUACUCAAUUUUAUAAUAUUUCUGGUAGUAGAUACAAUACUUUACUCUGGUGUGGUACUGAUGAUAGAAUAUGGAUUAGCCAAGAGACUUUGGUUCAUGAUAUGUUCAAAGCGAAUCAAAAUGGAGCACAAACAGAUGGAAGAGGAUACUGAUGUGUUGCUUGAAAAGGAACACGUAAUUGCUUCUAGCAGAGGUAACUCUGGUAACAGAACAGUUUUGCAAGUGAAUGAUCUCGGCAAGAAGUACAACAGGAAGGCAACAGCAGUAUAUGGAGUCUCAUUUCAAGUGGGGAGGGGAGAGUGUUUUGGUCUGCUGGGAGUUAACGGUGCCGGCAAGACUACCACUUUCAAGAUGUUAACUGGAGAAGAAAUUCCCAACAAAGGAGAUGCAAGAAUCCUGCAACUCAGCCUGCAUAAACAGAAGUCUACAUUCCUGUCACAGAUCGGCUACUGCCCUCAGUUUGAUGCUAUCAAUAAGCUGUUGACAGGCAAGGAGAUGCUCAGAGUGUAUGCUCUGCUGCGAGGUGUUCCUUUAUCUCUCUGCGAUUUUGAAAUCUCCAAGUGGAUUAAUAUGAUGGGUUUGAAGGAGUAUGCUGACCGGCCGUGUGGAACAUACAGUGGUGGCAACAAACGCAAGCUGAGCACUGCAAUGGCUUUCAUAGGAGAGCCUCCAGUAGUGUUCCUGGAUGAACCCACUUCUGGAGUAGAUCCUGUGUCCAGGCGUAAACUGUGGGAAGUUGUAUCCAAGUGUCAACAAGCCGGACAGGCCAUAGUCCUCACUUCUCACAGCAUGGAGGAGUGUGAGGCAUUGUGCUCUCGACUGACGAUCAUGGUGGCUGGCCACAUGAAGUGUAUCGGCACUCCGGAAUACCUGAAGCACAAGUUCGGGCAAGGCUUCACCAUCAAGAUCAAACUGCGCUCUUCACAGAGGAGUGAUGUGUUGGGAGCUCUGAAACAAGACAUGAUGCUUGCUUUCAGAGUGUGCUCUAUCAAAGAUGAACAUUUGGGACUUCUGCACUACCACGUCCCAGAUGCACAGAUCCCGUUGUCACUGCUAUUCUCAAAGAUGGAGGGAUUGAAGCAAAGACAUGAUAUCAUCGACGACUACAACAUCAGUGACACCAGCCUUGAACAAGUCUUUAUGCAUUUUGCCCGGGCACAGACAAAAGCCGAAGUUUGAUACAAUGUAAUAUUGUGUGCUAUACAUAUUUAUUUAUAAUAAGUUAUUUUUUUUACAGUAUAACAUUUUAAAAUAUUAAUCUAGUGAUUAAUUUCUUGUCUAUCUCCAUACCAAUAUCCUUCAAUCUUGUGAGAUGCUAUUACAAAAUACAGUGGAUAAAUUUAUUUCUAAGGCUGAUUUAUGUAAAAUAAAAACACUUUAAAAUUUG